UUAACUUUUAAGAAGAAACUGUUAGUUAAUCUCUGCAAUCAUUAUCUUUGCAUAAACGAGAAAAAAAAAACAAUGGAGUCGAAGGCCACUGUUGCAUUGGAUCGUUCAGUUCAGCUGAAAGCAUUCGACGAGACAAAGACCGGCGUGAAAGGCCUCGUCGAGGCCGGUAUCUCGGAGAUUCCCGCCAUCUUCCGUGCACCUCCGGCUACUAUAAAAACCCCAACACCACCUUCCUCGUCGCAGUUCACUAUCCCAACGAUCGAUCUCCAAGGAGGCAGCACCGACUCUACCUCGCGCCGGAGCUUGGUGGAGAAGAUCGGAGACGCGGCUGAGAGAUGGGGCUUCUUCCAGGUGAUCAAUCACGGUAUCCCGCUAGAUGUGUUGGAGAGGAUGAAAGAGGGGGUUCGUGAGUUUCACGAGCUAGACCCGGAGGUGAGGAAAGGGUUCUACUCUCGAGAUCCAAGUAAUAAGUUGGUUUACAGUAGCAACUUCGAUCUGUAUAGCUCACCGGCUGCUAACUGGAGAGAUACACUCGGUUGCUAUACGGCUCCAGAUCCUCCUAGACCGGAGGACUUGCCAGCCGCUUGUGGGGAGGUGAUGAUUGAAUACUCAAAGGAAGUGAUGAAAGUAGGUAAAAUGCUUUUUGAGCUUCUCUCAGAAGCUCUAGGAUUAAACACUAAUCACCUCAAGGACAUGGAUUGCACCAACUCAUUGCUGCUACUAGGCCAUUAUUACCCACCGUGUCCUCAACCAGACCUUACUUUAGGCUUAACCAAACACUCGGACAACUCUUUUCUCACGGUGCUUCUUCAAGACAAUGUAGGAGGGCUACAAGUUCUCCAUGACCAAUACUGGGUUGAUGUUCCUCCUGUCCCUGGAGCUCUUGUCAUCAACGUUGGAGACCUUCUCCAGCUUAUUACAAACGGAAAGUUCAUAAGCGUGGAGCAUCGUGUUUUGGCGAAUGGAGCUGGACCUCGUAUCUCAGUGGCGUGCUUCUUCAGUUCGUAUUUGAUGGCUAAUCCUAGAGUUUAUGGACCUAUCAAAGAGCUUUUGUCGGAAGAAAACCCACCCAUAUAUAGAGACACCACCAUUACAGAGUAUUCAAAGUUCUACAGAUCCAAAGGUUUCGAUGGUACCUCUGGACUACUAUACCUCAAGAUCUAAAGAAUGCACGUUGGAAUUUAAUAAUGAUGCGUACCCUGUAAUAGCUUUUUGUUUAAUAAAACUGUGAGAGAGUGGGCCAGAAACUGUCACAAACCGUUCAUUUUCUAUCAAACUUAUUACAAUAUUAUCUAUGGUCAGUGACUUUUAUGUAGCAAGUGGUCACAUGUCUAUCAAUGAUAUCUAUAACCAGUGGUUUUGCUGUAAA